AUGAAUGUGGAGAUUGUGUCAGGGUCAGAAUUCAACAUCCUUGAAUCUUUUCAACACCAUCUCCUUGAUGAUUUUGAGGAACCUCAAGCAACAACAACGACCAGCAAUGCUGUUCUUGAACAUUCCUACAACCGGAGUUCAAGUUUCAGUGGUGUUUUCUUGAACGAAAGUUGGGGUGAUUUGCCUUUAAAGAUUGACGAUUCCGAGGAUAUGCUGGUUUACAGUGCUCUGCGGGACGCGGCAAAUUCUGGGUGGAGUCCCUCGAACGAGGUUGAUAAUUACACGCCGGUGGCUAUUGAAGAAUUAGUGUCGACGACAACCAGGGAAGUAGAGAAAGAAGAAUCUAAGGUGAAGCCUGAGACCAGCGUGCCGCCCAGGGGGAUGCAUUUUAAGGGAGUGAGAAGAAGGCCAUGGGGGAAGUACGCGGCGGAGAUUAGGGACCCCAAGAGGAACGGUGCGAGGAUUUGGCUCGGGACGUACGAGACGCCCGAGGAUGCUGCCUUGGCUUACGACCGAGCCGCUUUCAAAAUGCGUGGGGCUAAGGCCAAGCUGAAUUUUCCUCACUUGAUUGGCUCCAACACUGGGGAGCCAGUUAGGGUAGGCCCAAGGCGCCGCUCACCGGAAUCUUCAGCUCCGAUGACGGCGUCAGCAUUGAGCGAUUGCUCACGGAAGAGAAGGAAGAGUAGUGCAAGUAACUCCGAUCAGGUUACAGCCAAGCUGCGGGAAGGUGCAAGUUUAGCUGCGGAGGUGAUUCAAAUGAGUACUCCCUGGACGCUUGGAGACCAGUUUUGGAUUAUCUAG